AUGUAUACAACUAUCGCCCUUCUCAUUUGGACAACCGGGACUUAUGCCCAUUAUGUAAGGAACGACUCUUCUGGCAAUACGGAUCGCUUCCCCGAAGACUUUCUAUUUGGUGUUGCAACCGCAGCUUAUCAAGUCGAAGGCGGUUGGGACGCGGACGGCAAAGGUCCAUCGAUGUGGGACCACUUUGUUCAGAACAACCCCGACGCCAUCGCGGACAGGAGCAACGCUGACGUGGCCGCCAACUCUUACGAGCUGUACAAACGCGACGUGGAAAUGCUGACGGAGCUCGGGGUCGGCGCGUUCCGAUUUUCCAUAUCCUGGCCGCGGAUUUUACCUUACGGCACGUCCGACUACGUGAACCCGAUGGGCGUGGCGUACUACAACAGCUUGAUAGACGAACUGCUGGCCAAUGGUAUAACGCCCUUCGUCACGAUGUACCACUGGGAUUUGCCGCAAGCGCUGAGCGAGCGAGGCGGCUGGCUUAACGCCGAGGUGGUGGACUGGUUCGGCAACUACUCGCGGGUGCUGUACGAGAAUUUCGGCGACCGGGUGAAGUUCUGGAUGACGAUCAACGAGCCGUAUAUCCAUUGCAAGCUGGGCUAUGGCAUCGGUGAACACGCACCCGGCGUGCGAUCGCCCGGCCAGGGCUUUUACGACUGCGGCCGCAACGUUUUAAUGGCGAACGCGAGGGCGUAUCGGGCCUACGACGAGUUCAGGGGUUCUCAGGGCGGCCAAGUCGGCCUGGUGUUCAGCAUGAACUGGCCCGAGCCCGACACCGACUCGGAAGACGACUUAGACGCGGUCAACAGUUAUUUCGCCUUUAACCUGGGACAGUACGCUGACCCGAUAUUUACAGAGAGGGGUAACUACCCCGACCUCCUACUGGAGAGGGUGGAGACGGCGAGCUACAACCAAGGCUAUAACAAGUCCAGGCUGAGGCGCCUUACCGAAGAGGAGGCGGUCUACAUAAAAGGAACGUCCGAUUUCUUCGCGCUCAAUCAUUACGACAUUGACAUCGUUUACAGAAACGAAUCUCUGCAGGGAAUGUUCGAGGUGCCCUCCGCGGAAGACGAUGGCUACUUUGCCUAUUACACAAAUAGUUCAAGAACAAAAUCCGAAAAUCGCAGUAUGGAACUAUGGGAAUACUCGCCAGGUUUUUACAAGCUAUUGAAUUACAUUAGAGAAAACUAUAACGACCCAGUUAUAUAUGUAACGGAGAAUGGGAAAAAUACUCCAAAGGGCCUACAGGACACCGCUAGAAUAGAGUACCUCAGAAAUUAUAUAACCGCCAUGCUUGGUGCAAUAAAGAGCGGGGUAAAUAUUAAAGGUUACUUUGCCUGGAGUCUAAUGGACGACUUUGAAUGGGAUUCGGGAUAUACGUUGAAAUACGGCCUGUACGAAAUAGACAUGACGGAUCCCGCAAGGACUAGAGUCCCUCGUACUUCUGCGUUCGUUUACAAGGAGAUCAUCAGAAGCGGCACCGUUGACUACGAUUACAACCCUGACCCUUAUGGUAUAAAUAAGAGCAGCGCGAGCACUGCGAUACUGGGUCUAAUAACUGUCACUGCUUUGAUCAAUUUCCUUAAG